AUGAACUUCCCUCAUACAUAUACUUCCAUUUCCUUCUUCACUUCUACUAAAGCAACUGUGGUCCGAACAAAGACGCGCCCCCGAACGCUAGAGGAAAGAUACCCCAACGGUGUACCUCAGUUCAACUUGGGACCUGCACUCGAAAUUAGACCCUGCAAUCGCAAGUUCACUGAUCACACUGGCAAACAAGCCGUUAUGUCAUGGGAGAGCACACGCCCCAAUCUUGGCUUGCCUCCUCUUCCUUGCUGGGUGUUCUACAUGGUCCAUCCACUCGAUCCAUCUGACUUUGACGGCCAUGCAUUUUACACCAAACUCGAGGAUGAUCAAUGCCACGGUGUGGGAGGUGGCAAAUUUCGUUACGAGUUCUUCUUCCUUCCUGGCGCCACGGUAGAGGAGUGUCAUGCGCACUAUGUCGCCGAAGUAAAUUCCCGAGGCACCAUAUGGGAUCAGAUCGCAAAGGUCAAAAGAGCCAUGGAACUCAAGGGACAACAGGAAAUUCAAGACUCAUCUCCUAAUGAAGAUGCUACUGGGAAUGACCGACUUCCCGGCUUACUUUUAGAGGAAGAGGAUCAUGACUUUCUAUACCGCAACUUCUUCUUCAUGUAUGCUGAUGCAAAUCUCGAUUCCAGCGGACCCGAGGGUCGAACACGUGAGAUGUACAUUGUCCAGUUCGAUCCUGUUCCUCAGCAUCCGGACGAAAUGGGCAGAUUUAACCCGAUGGAACAUCCCUUCUACUUGAGACGGACAGAAGCCAGGGGAGAAAAAGGCGGGCUCGGCGGAGGGCUGAUUGGCUGGAUGGAGGACAUGUUUGCUGCACGUUGGGUAACGGAGGCUGAUAAUGCCACUGAGAAUGCUGAGAAACUGGGCUGGAAGUCAUGGUAG